AUGAAUACACAGGUGACGAUCACUGCUGAGGAAAACUGCAAGCUCCUGUGCUGGUCUAGAGAGCGUCUGACUUACUUCCUGGAGUCAGAGUCUUUUCUGAACGAGGUGUUCAGGUACCUCAUUGGCAAAGACAUCACCAACAAGCUUUACUCUCUCAAUGAUCCAACCCUGAGUGACAAGGCUGUGAAGAAAAUGGACCGUCAGCCAAGCCUAUGUUCUCAGCUGUCAAUGAUGCAGAUGAGGAACAGCAUGGCUAGCACCAGUGACACAGACGAUGUGCUCAACCAGAUCCUGAGAGGCGGGUCAACUGGGUCAUCACUCCAGAAAACUUCUCUGACAAAAGUAUCCACGACUAUGAAGCCAAUUGAAGAAGGAAUGGAAGAUGACGUUUUUGAAACUGAAUCCCCCACUACCUCCCAGAACAUUUCCAGGACCCCAAGAGAAGACAUGUAACAUGUAUUUUAUCACUUCACGGUCUUAGACUUCUAGGUUUCAAUUUAGUGAAUUGAACAGGAAAAGAAUUCACACACCCCCUCAGAUUACACUGUUCUGAGUAGAGAGAUGUACGGUGACCGAGAAGUGCAAAACAAAUCACAAUUCUGAAAACAAAAUAACAAUUCAGAAAAC